UCUGCCUUCACGCACACAUCAGCUUCAGCUCCCACCGCCGUAUGCACAGUUAGCCAGGUGCAGUUUAAACAAUGUCUUCUGUUGAAGAAAUUUCCUACUCCGUGGCGGAGAAUUCGGAGGAGGACGGAGUAGAAGAGGAGAACACUGUAGAGGAGGUGGAGAUGGAAUAUGAGGAGCCUGUGAAAGGAGGUUAUAUCUUCUACAAGGACAGAAAAGAGUGGGCUGAUCUAGAACCCGUUCCUCAGGAUGAUGGACCCAACCCUGUCGUUAAAAUAGCUUAUUCAGAAAAAUUUACAGAUGUGUUUGACAUGUUCAGAGCACUCCUGAAGAACGAUGAGAAGAGUGAGAGAGCGUUUGCAUUGACCGCUGAAGCCAUCAACCUCAAUGCUGCAAAUUACACAGUAUGGCACUACAGGAGAGUUUUACUGCAGGCUCUAGAUAAAGACCUGAGAGAAGAGAUGAGGUAUAUCACAGCCAUCAUAGAGGAUCAGCCGAAGAACUACCAAGUCUGGCAUCACAGGCGGAUGGUGGUGGAGUGGCUGAAGGACCCGUCUGAAGAGCUGCAGUUCGUGGCAGAAAUUCUUAGUCAAGAUGCCAAGAACUACCACGCAUGGCAGCACAGACAGUGGGUCAUCCAGGAGUAUAAGCUGUGGGAUGGAGAGCUGGAGUAUGUGGAGGAAUUGUUAGAGGAGGACGUGAGGAAUAACUCCGCUUGGAAUCAGAGACACUUUGUCAUUAGUCACACCAGCGGAUACUCUGACCCUGCCAUCCUCGACAGAGAAGUGCAGUAUACCCUGAAACAAAUAAAGAAAGCUCCUCACAAUGAGAGCGCUUGGAACUAUUUAAAAGGGAUCCUACAGGAUGGUGGGCUCUGCUCGUAUCCUGGACUGCUGGAACAGUUGACAGAGCUCCAGGACACAUGUAGCUCUCCAUAUCUCACCGCCUUCCUGGUCGACCUCUACGAAGAUGCUCUGGAGACCAAUAACUCCAGCUACGACCAGCAAGAAACACUCAGCAAGGCUUUGAAGCUUUGUAAGCUCUUGGCCGAGGAAAAGGACACCAUUAGAAGGGAAUACUGGAAUUACGUGUCCCGUUCUCUGCAGAACACGUAUGGCUCAGGUGACCCUGUUUCCUCCUCUGACCCACCACCUCCUCCCUCAUCCCAGCAGCCCGACAUGGAGGCCAGUGACCCUUGAGGAGAAACGCAGGCCUGGACACAUGCUUAGACAGAGAGAUUCUGAGACAUGAAAGACUCUUUAUCUUUGUAUGAGUGCUUGUGUGUGCAGGCUUUAACAGCAGCGCUUGUAAGUCAGAACGGUGUCAAACUUAAGUAGCCAUAUGCUUAAACAUGCUCAGAAGGAACUGUACAGUGAAUUAAAUGGACUGCGGGAGUCUGGCAGUUAAUCAUACCACUCAUACUUAUGUUUUAGACUGCCAUCUAAGUUUUCAGAGGUUAAAAGUGUCAUUGAAUACAUUGCCGACAUGUUUUAGGUGUAGUCAAAACUUUUCUUGCCAAAGCAUCUUCUGGUCUGUGUUACCAAACUCUGCUCAGACUGUGACUGUACACGCUCUUUUUUUUUUUUUUUUGUAUGUUCAGAAAUAAUAAUAGAUAAUGCUUAAUCUGA